CGCCUCCUAAAUGGGUCUUUGUGAUAGGGAUAGGAUACGCGCGAACUUGGCCAAAAUCGAAAAAAACAGAAACAGGAACAGGAACAGGAGCACAGUCCAGUAGGAGUCAUUGGUGGCCCACUGCACUUAACAACGGUCACGGGACAGGAGCAGGAUGCGCUGUUUGAAUGAUUGACCGCUUACAGAUUCGUCGCUUGGGUGCAGCUGCUAGAAAUAAACGCACGGGAGGCGGCGGCGGCAGCUUUCAUUCAGCCAGCGGCAUCACAACACCGGCGACGGCCAGCACCAGUUCCUCCAGCGGCAACAGCUUAACACCACAGCAGCAUCAGCACUCCCUGCCAUCAUCCCACCAUCCUCACCAGCAUUCACAGCACUCGCAUCUGCGCAGCUCCCAGCAGCAUUCGCAGCAGCAGCUCAGUCACUUCACCUUCAAUCCAUCGCCGGGCAGCAGUCCUGGCAACGGUUUGGGCACACGUCAAGAUGCGUCCAGCGCCCUCAAUAGUCCGACAACCAUUGUGAACUCGGGCAGCGGCAGUGGUGGCGGUAGCAGCACUGCCUACGGCAUGCAUCCUCCGGCUGGAGGAUCAUCGAUAGCAGCAGCACCACCACCGACAGCCACGUCGACAGCCGCGAGCAAUGCCCACAACAAUGGAGCGGGCGGGCCGCCUUGCCCCGUGGGUGGUGGCCUCAAUCUGCUGGGUGGCAUCGGAGGAUUGGGCGGUGGUGCCGCUUCCGCUGGCAUGGGCAUAUGCGGCGGUAUCAGCAGUACGGUGGGCAGCGCUGCCAUUACGGGUGUGCCGCCAAUUGGACUGGGCAUCGCCACUGGUAUCGGCAAUAAAAUUAUGCUGGGCCGCAAACAAAGCCUUAAGGGUGGCGAGCCCUUUCUAGCCGAUUACGGGCCAGAGGAAUCGCUCAACGAAAGCGCCGACAUAGAAUGGGUGAAUAAACUCUGGGUGCGUCGUCUGAUGCGCCUUUGCGCACUUGUCUCGCUGGCGUCCGUUUCGCUGAAUACGCCGAAGACGUUUGAGCGUCAUCCGUCGUUGCAGUACAUCACCUUUGUAUCGGAUACGGCGGUGACGUUCCUCUUUACGGCCGAGAUGAUUGCCAAAAUGCAUAUUCGUGGCGUUCUAAAUGGCGAAGUGCCUUAUUUAAAGGAUCAUUGGUGUCAGUUUGAUGCCUCCAUGGUUAGUUUUCUCUGGGUCUCCAUCAUACUGCAAAUUUUUGAAGUGCUGGAAAUAGUACCGAAAUUCUCGUAUCUAUCCAUUAUGAGGGCACCGCGUCCACUUAUUAUGAUACGAUUUCUACGUGUUUUUCUAAAGUUCAGUAUGCCCAAAAGCCGCAUCAAUCAAAUUUUCAAACGCUCGAGCCAGCAAAUCUAUAAUGUGACGCUAUUUUUUUUGUUCUUCAUGUCGCUAUAUGGCUUGCUCGGUGUGCAAUUCUUUGGAGAGCUCAAGAAUCACUGUGUCAUGAAUAAUACAAAAUAUGAUGAAAACGGCCUGCCGGUACUCACAAUAAACUCACUCGCGAUACCGGACACAUUCUGCUCAAUGGAUCCGGACUCUGGAUACCAGUGUUCGCCGGGAAUGCGCUGCAUGAAGAUGGACUUUCUAAGCAGUUAUGUGAUUGGCUUCAAUGGCUUUGAGGAUAUUGCAACUAGUAUUUUUACGGUAUAUCAGGCUGCCUCCCAGGAAGGCUGGGUAUUUAUUAUGUAUCGCGCAAUUGACUCACUGCCGGCAUGGCGAGCCGCCUUCUACUUCAGCACCAUGAUAUUCUUUCUGGCCUGGCUGGUGAAGAACGUGUUCAUAGCUGUAAUCACAGAGACCUUCAACGAGAUACGCGUGCAGUUCCAACAGAUGUGGGGCGCAAGGGGUCAUAUACAAAAGACGGCGGCCUCUCAAAUACUCAGCGGCAACGAUUCCGGCUGGCGGCUGGUCACCAUCGAUGACAAUAAGCAUGGCGGAUUGGCGCCAGAGACAUGCCAUGCCAUUUUACGCUCGCCAUACUUUCGAAUGCUGGUCAUGACGGUGAUCCUGGCCAAUGGGAUUGUGACGGCAACGAUGGCAUUUAAACACGACGGUCGACCACGGCAUGUAUUCUAUGAGAGAUAUUAUUACAUUGAGGUUGUGUUCACGUGUCUGCUGGAUCUCGAGACACUGUUUAAGAUCUACUGUUUGGGCUGGCGUGGCUACUAUAAGCAUUCCAUACACAAAUUUGAGCUGCUUCUCGCCGCGGGCACAACGCUCCACAUAGUUCCUAUGUUCUAUUUGUCUGGAUUGACAUACUUUCAAGUGCUGAGGGUGGUGCGGCUGAUAAAGGCCUCGCCCAUGCUUGAGGGUUUUGUGUAUAAGAUUUUUGGACCCGGCAAGAAGUUGGGCUCGCUAAUCAUCUUUACCAUGUGCUUGCUAAUCAUUAGCUCGAGCAUUUCGAUGCAGUUGUUCUGUUUUCUGUGCGACUUCACCAAGUUCGAGUCGUUUCCGGAGGCGUUCAUGAGCAUGUUCCAGAUCCUCACGCAAGAGGCGUGGGUUGAGGUCAUGGAUGAGACAAUGAUACGCACGAGCAAAACAUUGACGCCGCUAGUAGCUGUCUAUUUUAUACUCUACCAUCUGUUUGUGACGCUCAUCGUGCUCAGUCUUUUCGUUGCGGUCAUUUUGGACAAUCUGGAGUUGGACGAGGACAUCAAGAAACUGAAGCAGCUCAAGUUUCGUGAGCAAAGCGCCGAAAUCAAGGAGACUCUGCCAUUUCGUUUGAGAAUUUUUGAAAAAUUCCCCGAUUCGCCACAAAUGACAAUUCUUCAUCGUAUUCCCAAUGAUUUUAUGCUGCCCAAGGUGCGUGAGAGUUUCAUGAAGCAUUUUGUAAUUGAACUGGAAACGGAUGACCCAUCAUUGGUCGAGAACUGCAAACGUCCGAUGUCCGAGUGCUGGGAAUCAAAUGUUGUCUUUCGCAAACAGAAACCUGUACGCAUCAUGAACAAAACGGCAAAGGUUCGAGCCGCUGGAAGCAGCCUUCGAAAGUUGGCCAUCACUCACAUAAUCAACGACAGCAAUAAUCAGCGCCUAAUGCUGGGUGACUCGGCCAUGCUACCCGUGGUAGGCACUAAGGGUGGCCUCAAAUCGCAAGGCACUAUCACACACUCGAAGCCAUGGAGGGUCGAUCAGAAGAAAUUUGGAUCCCGCUCAAUUCGUCGCAGCGUGCGCUCUGGCUCCAUUAAGCUGAAGCAGACCUAUGAGCAUCUGAUGGAGAACGGUGAUAUUGCGGCUGCCCCACGCGCCAACUCUGGCCGGGCCAGACCUCACGACCUGGAUAUCAAGCUGCUACAGGCGAAGCGCCAGCAAGCCGAGAUGCGACGCAAUCAGCGUGAGGAGGAUCUGCGCGAGAAUCAUCCGUUCUUCGAUACGCCAUUGUUUUUGGUGCCGCGCGAGAGUCGCUUUCGCAAAAUUUGCCAGAAGAUCGUGCAUGCACGCUACGAUGCGAGACUCAAGGAUCCAUUGACCGGCAAGGAGCGCAAAGUGCAGUAUAAGAGUUUGCAUAACUUUCUUGGGCUGGUCACCUAUCUAGACUGGGUAAUGAUAUUUGCCACAACACUCUCAUGCAUAUCCAUGAUGUUUGAGACACCCAAUUAUCGGUUAAUGGAUCAUCCGACGCUGCAAAUAGCUGAAUACGGUUUUGUCAUAUUCAUGAGCCUGGAGCUAGCAAUGAAAAUUCUGGCUGAUGGUUUGUUCUUCACACCCAAGGCAUACAUUAAGGAUGUGGCCGCAGCGCUUGACGUAUUCAUAUAUGUUGUCUCCACGUCGUUUCUCUGCUGGAUGCCACACAAUAUACCAACUAAUUCAGCUGCCCAGCUGCUGAUGAUUUUGCGAUGCGUGCGUCCACUGAGAAUCUUUACUCUGGUGCCGCACAUGCGAAAGGUGGUCUACGAGCUGUGUCGUGGCUUCAAGGAGAUCUUAUUGGUAUCCACGCUGCUGAUUCUGCUCAUGUUCAUUUUCGCCAGCUAUGGCGUACAGCUGUAUGGAGGUCGUCUGGCACGCUGCAAUGAUCCGACAAUUCUGCGUAGGGAGGAUUGUGUUGGUGUCUUCAUGCGGCGCGUUUUUGUCACCAAAAUGAAAUUGACACCGGGUCCAGAUGAGUCCUACCCGGCCAUGUUAGUGCCGCGGGUCUGGGCCAAUCCCCGUCGCUUCAACUUUGACAAUAUUGGUGAUGCCAUGCUUACGCUUUUCGAGGUGCUUUCCUUUAAGGGUUGGCUGGAUGUGCGUGAUGUCCUUAUUAAAGCCGUCGGACCGAUACAUGCCAUCUACAUUCAUAUCUACAUAUUCUUGGGCUGCAUGAUUGGCUUGACUCUGUUUGUGGGCGUGGUCAUUGCAAACUAUUCAGAAAAUAAAGGGACAGCAUUGCUGACCGUUGAUCAGCGACGUUGGUGUGAUCUGAAGAAGCGUCUUAAAAUCGCUCAGCCACUCCAUCUGCCACCGCGUCCGGAUGGACGAAAGAUUCGUGCCUUCACCUACGAUAUAACCCAACAUAUUAUUUUUAAGCGGGUCAUUGCUGUGGUUGUUCUCAUCAACAGCAUGUUGCUCUCCAUAACUUGGAUCAAAGGCGAAGUACACACUGAGCGUCUGGUUAUCGUUAGCGCCGUGCUGACCUUUGUAUUUGUCAUUGAGGUGGUUAUGAAGAACAUCGCAUUCACUCCUCGAGGCUACUGGCAGUCCAGGCGCAAUCGAUAUGAUUUACUGGUAACUGUUGCUGGCGUCAUUUGGAUUAUAUUACAAACUCUUCUCAGGAACGAUUUGUCGUAUUUCUUUGGGUUUAUGGUGGUUAUUCUGCGUUUCUUCACCAUCACUGGAAAGCACACUACACUCAAGAUGCUUAUGUUGACGGUGGGCGUGUCUGUGUGCAAAUCCUUCUUCAUCAUCUUUGGAAUGUUCCUUUUGGUCUUCUUUUAUGCGUUGGCCGGCACCAUUCUUUUUGGAACCGUCAAAUAUGGGGAGGGUAUUGGGCGACGAGCAAACUUCGGAUCACCGGUGACCGGUGUGGCCAUGUUGUUUCGUAUUGUGACUGGUGAGGAUUGGAAUAAGAUCAUGCAUGAUUGUAUGGUGCAGCCGCCAUACUGCACACUGGGUGGAAAUUAUUGGGAAACGGAUUGCGGCAACUUUACAGCAAGUCUAAUAUAUUUCUGCACAUUCUAUGUGAUAAUUACAUAUAUUGUGCUUAACCUGCUAGUGGCUAUUAUCAUGGAGAACUUUUCCCUCUUCUAUUCAAAUGAGGAGGAUGCCCUAUUGUCUUAUGCGGACAUUCGUAACUUUCAGAACACUUGGAAUAUCGUCGAUAUACAUCAACGUGGUGUUAUACCGGUGCGUAGGGUGAAAUUCAUUUUGCGCCUUUUGAAAGGCCGUUUAGAGUGUGAUCCGCAAAAGGAUCGCCUGCUCUUCAAGUAUAUGUGCUACGAGCUAGACAAACUGCACAACGGUGAGGAUGUCACAUUUCAUGAUGUGAUCAACAUGCUAUCCUAUCGGUCUGUUGACAUACGCAAGGCACUGCAGCUAGAGGAGCUGCUGGCGCGUGAGGAGUUUGAGUACCUGGUCGAGGAGGAAGUGGCCAAGAUGACAAUACGUACCUGGCUCGAAGGCUGCCUUAAAAAGAUACGAGCACAAAAUGCAAGCAAACAACAAAAUUCGCUGAUUGCUGGAUUGCGCGCCACCAAUGAGCAGCUAGUGAUGCGUCCCAAUGUGCAGGAGGACAAGGCACCCAGUGGAGUAAUUGACAAAUCAGCCAUAAGCACAAUAAGUGGUGCGGUAGCCGGAACUUGCCCGCCAACUAGCGACGCCUUCUCGCCCACCUUUAGCUCGACGGAAAACGAUGAAAAGGAUGCCAGCAGUAGUGCUGUGGUGUUGCCUCACACUGAUUCGCACACAACUGCUGCUGGUGCGCGGCAUGUGAUGACGGUGGGCAAGCGGGCAUAUGCCUUAAAUCGCAGCGAUUCGACGGGCAGCUCGGCGGGGCGAAAGUUUUUGGCGCCCACCUCCAGUGAUCCACAGCAGCGCUCCACGCUGAGCGAUAAGGAGCGACUGCAUAUCAGCAGUCAGCAGCGUAAAAAGAAUUCAAUGACCACCCUGCCACAUGCGGCACAGCUGGGUCAACUGGGUCAGAUGGGUAAACAGCGCGAGGUGAACAAGUCAUCCAGUUUCUUUUCCCAGCUGAACAGCGAGAUUGGCCAGUUUCAUUAUCCGACAAUUAAUGCGACCGCUGCAGCUGCUGCAGCCGCACUGCACAAUUUUGGAGAUCAUCAUCAUCAUCAUCAGCAUCAACAUCAGCAUCAUCACGGAGCACUGACCAGUCCCUCGGCGAUGAUAAGUCAGCUAAUUGGAGGCAGCGGCAAACUGUUGCCGUUUAACAAUCAAGCAAAUGCCGUCUAUGAGGUGCACGACUGGUGGCAGGAGCAGGUCCUCUGCACGCAGACGAGCGACGAUGAGGUAUAGGAAGGCAGCAAAAAGCAUCGAUAUUUGAUUGCAAACAUUAUCAUCAUCAUGCAUUCAAGAAGGAGAUAUAAUUUUAGAAUCACGUACAUAAAUCCUCAUUUGUUGCCUGUAAAAUGAAAAAUUAGUGCCCUAGAGAUUUAUUAUAAGUCCACACACAACUAUGUAGUAUAUGUGUUCUAAUGUGUAAAUAUUGGCACGUUGUUUUGCGAUUCUGGCGUACGCACAAUAUAUUUAUAUGUAUAUGUUGUUGCUUAUUAAAUUGUAUAAGAAAUUUUGUCAGUCAGUAAUGUUGUUACACUUAAAAUGUAUAUUUAAUACACCUACGUAUACAAAUAUGUACU